AUGUCGACGCCCACGAGGCAGCGUCGCAAGUUACGGCCUCUCAUCAUUACCAUGGGAGGCCCGCGACGGGAAAGCUUGGAAGCCUUGUUCGCCGAACCCGCCAUGGCCGCAAAUUUUGAACCUCCCAUAUUUUCCCCCGGCGUACCCAGCCGCAGUUUGCGUUCGCGGUAUCAGUUUUUGUCUCAGGCGUACCGAGCGGGACUCUUGCCGGAAGCCGAGUGGGAAGCCGUGCGGGACCACGAUUGCGCGCCGGACGAAGGCGACACUUCGACCGAUGCGUUUUUUGCAGGUCUCGGCGACGUGCCGGUGACGACGGGGCGACGAGGUAGUGCAGCCGACAUCCGCUUGCACUACUCUAGGGAGUUGUGGCAAAAAGCCAAGGGUAUCAAUCGAGGUCGGGCGGUGUUGGGUUGCACCUUUGCACAUCUAAUUGCUUUGCGAGUACUGGUAGAUCAAGAACUGGACUUUGUAUUGGAAGACAAUGUCCGUGUCCCCCUUACUUCGUGUGCCGAUCGAAUUUGGGAGCUGCUCGAGGCUACCUCGAAUCGAAAGUGCCACCAUCGGUACUACGGCUGGUUAGGUUCCGUGCCUAAUUUGCGUUGGAUUUACGAUUUUCACGCUCCCAGGUUCUCGCAUGCAUCGGACAUCUUCGAGCACUUCGCAGCUUUUCCCUUUCCCAGUAACGAGGAUAUUGGAAACGACCUCACCGCAAAGGAAGCCAAUAGCCAAAGCGAGAUCAAUGAGAGGGAUAGUGAGACCGACCAUAGGCAGCUUGACGAACGCAAACCCGGAGGAAAUCCAGUUUGGGGUUGUUACGCCUACUGGAUCUCGAAAGAAGCGUUUGCCGAGCUAAUGGAGACAUUGCGCAACGACGUGGGAGCUAUGCUGUGGAAAACGAAACGUGCCCGCCAUUACAUAGUCAAGCCCAUCGAUAAGAUUCUUCCGCGACUAGUUAUGCGAACGUAUGGACAAGAAGCCGUCCUGCUACCCUCUCAUCCAGCGUUUUUCCGAGCCCCAAUGUUGACCAGUAAAAUCCAUACAAAGUGGGACGCUGAAUUCUGUAAAAGUACAAAAUUCCAACUAGAGCAUUCUGGUUUAAGUUGGUCCGAUUUGUGGCUCACGGCAAUGGAAAAGGCAGUAGUAGCAUAUCACGAGCAAGAGUGA